GAGAUGAACAGGAACGACAGCAUCUCAGAGCUGAAGAGUCCUACGCUGGUCUCUGAAGAUCUGAGCGACCCAGCAGGACCUUCAGUGGAAGAGGCCAAUGAUCAGGGUGUCCUGGAUGCUGAGAACAGUCCAACAGGACUCACUGUUGGGGAGAUAACCAAGAAAAUGGGGCAAUCUUCCAGCAAAUUUGGGCAGUUUUCCAGACAAAAAUGCCAGAAACUGUCGGGCAACCUGAAGUGGAUCUUCUCGAUCCAAAGGAAUCGUUUGUUCCAGAUCCAAGUGCUCCCAAGCCAGAACCUGAAUUGGAUCUGUUAGAUACAGAGCAAUCGUGUAUCCCUGAACCAGAAGUGGAUCUUGUUGUUCCUUCUGAACCUAAACUGGAUCUGGUUGAUCCGGAGGAAUCACGUGCCAGCCCAAAAGAAACUACCAAAACCGUGAAGAAUAAGAAAGUUCAUGGCUUCGUUGUAACCAAGAGAGUAGGAUAUGCUACAGUGAGGAAUACGAAAAAAACCUUCCUCCAGAACGACAGAUCGAACUCAGCAUGGCCUGAGAUGGAUCUGAAUGUUGGUGAACCAAAACCUAUUGAGGAUUUGGUUGCUCCUCCUAAAUGGGAUCUGGUUGAUGCGGUGGAACUGUACACCACGAGUCCUAGCGUUCCUGAGCCGGACUCUGAGGAGGAUCUGGAUGAUCCUCUUGAACGUGAAUGGGAUAAGGACUCGAUGGAAUUAUAUGCCCCGGGUUCAAGUGUCCCUGAGCCAGACCCUGAAGAGGAUUUGGUUGAUUCAGUGGAACUGUACCUCCCGGGUCCAAGCGUUCUCAAGCCACGACCUGAAUGGGAUCUGGCUACUCCAGUGGAUUUGGGUGCACCAAGUCCAAGCGUUCUUGAGCCAGAGUCAACAGUGUUAUCUGAACUUGCAAGUUUGGAAAACUACGUCCCUUUAACCAUGCUCCAACUAGAGGAUCGUUUGAAGCAGUGUACACUGCUCAAACAAAGACAUGUCACCAAUGUCUGGCCCAGGGUCUUCAUCGGAGACGAAGAGGCCGCAACAGACCGAGAUAUGCUGCAGGAGAUGUGCAUCACUCACAUUCUGAACGCUGCAGCGCCCAAAAAGGACUUGAACUACUUCUUGGGAACAUCUUAUGUUGAAGAUCUAGAAGGAACAGUCAAUACAGGGUCCAGAUAUUACAGAGGCUUGCACAUCAAUUAUUACAGCUUGCCUACAACGGACAGACACUGUUCUGACAUCAGCAAGUGCUUCAUGCCAGCUGCAAAAUUCAUUGACAAGGCCGUGAAUAAACCAGGGAGUAAGGUGUUGAUUUGCUGCAAGCAGGGUGUCGACCACUCUGCGACUCUGUUUCUGGCAUAUCUGAUGAUCUGCCAUGACAUGAUGGUGGAGGAUGCCAUUGAUCACGCCAUACAGUCGAGACGCAUCCAGCCCUCCAGAGACUUCCUGAAGAAGCUGAUGCUCCUCAAUGCUGACCUUGUGAACAAGCGAAAACUAAAGUUAGAGGACAUAAAAAAAGGCAAAAAGAGGAGAAAAUGGCAGCUAAAAAAAAAGUGUAGAAAUAUACUAAAAGAUAUACAAGAAAAUGUUCACAUCUAGAAAUGUCAAUAAAAUGAAUGGAUAAUGUCCUGAUAAUGA